UUCUUCGGGUCUCGACAGUUUCCCGGUGGCUUUCCUAUAGAGCGGUAUGUUGGUUAAAAUUCUAGUAGCUGCAGGACUACUUAGUCUGGUUUGGUGUGAGGAACAAGUCAGAUAUGAUAACUAUAGAGUUUACAAUGUGAGGAUUGAUGAUCUGGAGCAGUAUAAGCUGCUCAAUGCUCAGGAGAAAGCCUUGAAGCUCAGCAGUUGGCGCGAGGCUCGUCAUUUGGGUGAAACCUCGGACAUAAUGCUACCACCAGAAUAUCAGGUCACCUUUGAAAACCUCUUAACAACUCACAACUUCACCUAUAACUUAAAAAUCGAGAAUGUCCAAACCCACAUCGAUGCCCAAAGACCCAAACAGCGAAUUUCCUCCAUGGAGUGGACUCAGUAUCACACUCUUGAGGAAAUCUACGCCUGGCUAGAUUUAAUUGAAGAUCGUUAUCCGGAUAUAGUGACUCCAUUUACCAUUGGAAAUUCCUAUGAGGGAAGGCCUAUUCGGGGUAUUAAAAUCUCCUAUAAAGAGGGAAAUCCCGCGGUUUUCAUAGAGUCCAACAUUCAUGCCCGCGAGUGGAUUACCUCAUCGACGAUCACGUACUUCAUCGAUGAGUUACUGGUUCCCCGGAAUCCUGCAGUUAGGGAUAUAGCCCAGAAUGUGGAUUGGUACAUUAUCCCCGUUCUGAAUGUGGAUGGUUUCACUUAUUCUCACGAACAUGAACGCCUUUGGCGAAAGUCGCGUUUGCCAUCGGAUCCCACGGGGGAGUGCAUUGGAACCGAUCUUAAUCGCAAUUUUGAUUAUCUGUGGAUGCUGGCUGGUGCCGAAUCGGAUCCUUGUUCGGAGAUUUAUGCUGGACCUUCGGCAGAAUCUGAUCCCGAGAUUUACCAGCUGACUGCCUACAUAAACAACUCCAUUCCAGAUGGCAGCAUCAAGAUCUACAUAUCUCUGCAUUCCUAUGGGCAGUACGUACUCUCCCCUUGGGGACACACCGCUCUUGAGUUCCCCGAACACUAUCCCCAAAUGAUGCACGUGGCCAAGGGAUUUUCCGAUGCUCUGUACAGAAGAUAUGGCACCGUAUUUACAUAUGGAUCCAGUGCCACAACAUUAUAUGAAGUAUCUGGUUCCGGGAAGGAAUGGGCCUACGCGGUGAAAAAUAUUAAAAUACCCUAUACCAUUGAGCUGCGUGAUAAGGGAAAGCUGGGUUUUUUGAUUCCACCGGAGGAUAUUAUUCCAGUGGCCCGCGAGGUAACCGAAGGAUUUGUUGGUAUGAUAGCCGCAGCCCGAGAAAUUGAUAUCUUAUAGUUCUUCAAGAUCUUAAACAUUUACUAAUGCCAAAUAAAAUCAUUUAUAUUUUUACUUGCGGAAAAUGUUUAACCGUAUCAUUAGUAUCUUAAGUAGGAAUACAUUAAACAAAACCUUUAAUUUCGUUUCACAAUCCAAGAGGAACUUUAAGAAUCCUUUAUAAAAAUAUAGUAUGUAUUAAGGUUAUUUCAAUUUUGAAAAAAGAUGCGUAUAUCCUUUUUUCA